AUGGGAUUUCGGGUUGAGAGACUCUCUCGUUCCCGCGUUAUGUCACGCGCAGGCUCCCUCCGAUAUUCAUCAAACUGCCGCCCCGCCGGGAUAUUUUACGCCGUUAAUUCGCUAGACGGUAAGUUUAGCUGAACUGAAUCAGCGAUAAAGACCCCAACCCACAUUAUUAUUAUUAUCAGCGUGUGAGUUAUUGUCAGUCCGCUAUUUCGCGGGUAUUUCCCCCCCCCCCGGCUCCAUUUACUGAGGGGAUCCUGAGAGCUCGACAUGGCGGGAAAACACCCCCCCCGCCUCACAUUGAGGGCGGGGCGGCGCUGCGCACGCGCGGUUGGAUGACUGAGUGACGCGGGGCGAGGGGAGCUGCGCGUGCGCAGAGUGCGCGGUGACGUGCGGGCCCGCGCGGUGAGUAGAUGCGGCGGUACCGUCCCCGGGAGCCGCGCGGACGUUAUAAAUGGCGCCGAAGCAGGACCCAAAGCCCAAGUUCCAAGAUGGUAAGCUCGAUGCCUAGGAGAGGGGGGUACCCCCUAGUGAACAUGGCGGCGGGGCUUGGUGGCGGUAAAGCAUGCCAGCUCUAGAGGUAAACACGGGGCGACUGGCCCUCCGCGUAACCCGUGCAGGGGCGGGGUCUGCAGGGGGUGCGGGCUCGGCCAUUGUCUGCUGCCGGGUACCCUGCCGUCUGCCAUCACCCGCUCCGGGGGCUGCAUGGUAAGAGCGGGAGCAGCGGGCACCGGGGCCAUUAUUAUUUGGGAGUCUGGCUGAGAGUCAUGAGGAGAGUGAUCCACAACGGCUUCACUUAUAGCCGGCAUUAAUGUGUCAUAAACAGGGCUUCCUGGGAUGGGGUAAAACCAUGUAUAGGAACCGUCAGGCGCGAAAAGCCAGGCGUAGGAAACGUCAGGCGUGCGAAAAGCCAGGCGUAGGAAACGUCAGGCGUGCGAAAAGCCAGGCGUAGGAAACGUCAGGCGUGCGAAAAGCCAGGCGUAGGAAACGCCAGGCGUGCGAAAAGCCAGGCGUGCGAAAAGCCAGGCGUAGGAAACGUCAGGCGUGCGAAAAGCCAGGCGUGCGAAAAGCCAGCCUUGGGAAACGCCAGGCGCGCGAAAAGCCAGGCGUAGGAAACGCCAGCCUUGGGAAACGCCAGGCGCGCGGAAACGCCAGCCUUGGGAAACGCCAGGCGCGCGGAAACGCCAGCCUUGGGAAACGCCAGGCGCGCGAAAAGCCAGGCGUAGGAAACGCCAGGCGCGCGAAAAGCCAAGCGCAGGAAACGUCAGGCGCAGGCAGCGUCAGGCGUGUGAAAAGCAAGGCCAGGUAUGGGGGGGUAUAGCCAUGUACAGGCGAUAUCUCCUAUUGUUUUACCCCCUUUACCUGGCUAUCUCCCGUACAUGGCUUUUACCUGUAUGAUCUCUCCCGUACAUGGCUUUACCAUCCCCCUUUUAACUUGCCAAAAUCUCCUCAACAUGACUUUACCACCCUUUACCUGACUGAUAACAGCCAGGUAAAGACAUGUUCAGGAGAUAUUAGCCAGGUAAACUGGAUGAAGCCUGCCACUACUGCUAAUGCAAGAGCUCACAAUAGGCACUAUCUACAAUGCAAUAAUCUCAGCAAAGUUUUACCUUGUCACCUAACUGAAGUGCUUUCUUAAACUGGAAUUCCUACACCAAGCGGGAAACACAUACCAGCACCACCUGGCAAGUGGCAUGUAUUGCCCGUGCAUAACUUUCAGGCUUUGGAAAACGCACAUAGGGGUUAUGACAGGGCAUGGGCUUGGGCAUGAGCUUGGGUGUUGCCUAAUGAAUUAUGUCUUAGUCAUCUUGUUUCUUAUGCAAUGACUGCAUUUGAAAGCAAGGUACACAUUGUUUAAACAUGCUAGUUGUCACUCUAUUUCUGCUUCCUGAAUGUGCAGUGCAAGUUCUCUUUUCAUAAAGCAAGGGCUUCAAGCACUAUGGCAAUACUCUGAGCAUAGGUUUUCAUACAGGGUAUUUAUCUUACUUGUAUGAUUCAAAUGCUACACUUUAACCAAUGCUUCAUCCUACUAUGUUAUGGAGGUAAACUGUUUGCAUGUGCCCAUAUAAACAUUGUACUAUCCUGACCUGCUUCACUACAGUGAUUUCUGGAAGUUGUAUACUGAAAUAAGCUGAUCUACAACUAACAGAAGAAAUGCUCUGUCUAUAAAUGCCUGCUGUGCGUAUUGAUGUCAUACUAGACCCAUGAAGCAGUUGCUUUGUGACAUUUAUGUUGGCACAUAGCGGCAAAACUGUGUUGGUUUCCGUGUUGAUAGCUCCGUCAUUAUCCCAUUCCCACAGGUUCUCUUUAUAUAUAAAACCCUCAAUAAGCAAAGUGAUGUUGAAUAAUGAGCUAAUCUAACCAUUCUAAACAUUCAGGAAAACCUUUUUCAGGAUCGUGUUUUGCAAAUUUAACUCUUUCUCUCAUCUCUUUACUGUACUGCACCAUUAAGUUACUUUACCAGAAUCCUGCUACUGUUUUUUGUUCAGUCUAUCGCAUUAUGAAAUUUAUCAAUUAAAAUUGAUUUCCACAUGUACAAAAAAUACUCCUAAUAAUGCAGGAGCAAAGAAAACAAUUAGAUGUAAUAAAUAUACACAUUUUCAAAGCUACAUGUGAUAUCACACUCAACUAGACUAGACUUGUGCAAAAAUGAGUGAGUUUGUUCAUCUGACUCAAAUUCCUCAAUACACAUCUGAAAUAAUUGAUCUAUCUGGGAUUUGUCUUAAUCACUGAAUAGAUUUUUGUGCAAGUCUAAUAAUCACGAUAAUGUGGUUAUGGUGGACAUAAUUCCCAUUUAAAGUAAUACUAUAGCAUUUGGCAUACAAACCUGUUCAUAUUGUAAUAUUUUUCUAUUAUCUAUUUAGAUUCAGGGCCCCCAAAAUGAAAUCAAAAGUAUUGGCUUUAUUUGCCUUUUUUUCCCAUCUCUGAGACUUGCUCCAUCUUGGUGACCUUGUCCUGCAAUCAGUCUCCUCUGUCUUCUCAUCCUAUCCAAUUCUUCUUAUAGAAAAGCAUUGGGGACGAGAGCAUGCAUGUAGAGUGGCAUGCUCAUGCAGUCAAAUGCUUCCCUGUGAUAUUUGAGGAUGUUUGACUUCCUGGUGCAAUGCGUGAGGAUGUUGAAUAUCCCGUUCAAUUCUUACUUGGUCGUGAAUCUAGGAGCCACCAAAAAAAAUUAGGAAGCGGGUUUUUAUUUUUUAAUGACAAAGCUUUAUAUUCAAACAAAAAAAUACAUAUUUUAGAAGGCCACAUUCACCAGGACCACUACAGCUUAAUAGUUUCUGUAGCAUGUCCAUGCAGGCUUUUCAAUGUAAACGCUGUCUUUUCUGAGAAAAGGCAGCGUUUACAUUGCUGCCUAGUAACACCUCUAGUGGCAGUCACUCAGACUGUCACUAAUAGGGAUCGACCGGUAUUGGGGUUUUUUUGUUUUUGUUUUAGAGCCGUUACCGAUAUUCUGUGAACUUUCAGGCCGAUAACUUACCGAUAUUUUGUGAUAUAUAUAAUUUAUUUCUAAAGGUAAAUGCACAAAAUAUACAUGCCAUGUGCAGUGGAUGCAGUGUGUUUAGACAGGGGAGCUGUUUGUGUAGUGGAUGCAGUGUAUGUUUGUGUAGUGCAUAAAGUGAAUGCUGUAUAUACUAUAUACACUGCAGUGUGUGUGUAUACACACUGCAUUAUAUAAUGCAGUGUAUGUAAUUGAGGGGGCAUUUUUUUUAUUAAAACAUUUUUUUUAAAAAUAUAUAUUUUUUUAAUAUUUAUUUUUUAGUCCCCCCUCCCUGCUUGUUACUUGGCCAGGGAGGGUGGCUGUUGCAUUCCCUGGUGGUCCAGUGGCAUGUACUGAGCAGUGGGGGGCGGCAGCAAGCGCUUGCUUACCUUCCCAGCAGCUCCCCAGUGUAAAUAUCGCAGACGGCGUGCCGCGCGGAUCGUUGCCAUGGUAACCCGUGGCAACGCUCUGACGGCUGCGCGUCUCGCGACAUUUACACAGGGGAGCUGGAGGAGCUGCUGGGAAGGUAAGUAAACGCCAGCCCCCAACAGGACCGCUGGGAUUGUAAUGAGCCCGGCGGUCCUGUUAUAUAUUAUCGGCUAUAUCGGUAUCUGAAUUGGCCGAUACGAUAUUCCCGAAAAUACAGAAUAUCGGCCAGACCGAUAAUCGGUCGAUCCCUAGUCACUAAAGGAGCUUUCUAUCUCAGUGCGGCACAGUAUCAGCAUCCCCAUACUCUGCAUUGAGGCGCUGAACGUUCCUUGUAGAAAUGCUUAGUUUCAAUGCAUUACUGAGGAGAUGCUGAUUGGCACAGAGUUUUGAGCAUGCUGUGUGGUUGCUAAAAUCUUCUUGCUUGCACUCCUUUGCACAUUGUUUAGUAAUGCGGGAGCCAAUGUGAAGUCAUAUUCUGGCUCCUGGCAUCACAACAGGGCAAGAGAGGGAUAAAGAGGACCCGAAACAUUUCAGCUCCCUCACUGCCCAUUUUGGUUGCCCCCUCUCCCCGUUCGGUGGCAACAGGCUAACAAAUCCCAGGCAUUUGGGAUUUGUCGAGCCCUAGCUUACAGGUUUAUUCAUGAAACUAUUGGCAAAAAUAUGAAUAGUAUAGAAAAAUAUGAAAUAGGCUAUUGUAGCCUACAUAACUUAAAGGGACAUUAUAGCCACCACAACAACUACAGCUUAGUGUAGUGGUUCUGGUAUCUUUAGCCUGUCCCUGCAUGCUUCAGAGAAAAGGCAGUGUUUAGAUUGCUGGCUAAUAACACCUCUAGUUAGAGGUACUUAUUGUGUCAGUGCUGCACUGUGGCAUCUGUACGCUCUGCAUUGAAACACUGAAUGUUCCCCAAAGAGAUGCAUUGAUUCAAUGCAGCUUGGGGGGGAAAUGCGAGUAAAAUUACCUUUUCAGAGCAAUCUAAUGGGAGGCGAGGGCCUAAACAGCCACGCUGGCAUUAGUGUCAGAAAUACAGGUUUGUGUUUCUUUCAUAGGCUAAAAUUAGUGGUUUUCGUGAGUAACCGUGUUAGUGCAGCAUUUGUAUUUUAAAUCUUACUGAGUGUAUUACAAUCAGUGUACGUUCACUCUGUGUAUGGUAGCACCAUCAAAUCCUUAACAAAAGAGUUGCUUAAGAGCUAGGGAGGGUACAUGUCAUUUGCUGUUAUAAAUCUCCACUGUAUUACUAAAAUAAAGGCUUGAAGAGCUGCGUAGUAGGUGGUCUCUAUGUAAAUGAUGCUAACCCCUCUUAAAGGGACACUCAAAAAAAAAAAAAAGAAAAAGUUAGAUGUGCGUUUUUAUUUUACGUUUUGGCCCACUCCAAUUAAAAUCUCCUGAAGACUUAAAUUUACCGCUCCUGCCAUAUGUUGGAAUUCUAGUACCCUAUAAUAUUAAGCCUAAAACAAAAAACAGACUAAAAUUAUAAUUCUAUGAACCAAAGUUUGGUUAAAAUUCCCAGACAUUGAAGCACUUGUAGCUAGCUGUGACCAGAGCAGGACAUUGCUUCCAUUAUGAUACUCCCUUAAAGGAGCACUCUAAGCGACGUAACCACUAGAGCCACUUCUGCAGUGUCAAUUUUGUCCCUAUCUGAACAUCAUUGGCUGAGAGCUUAUAGUACAAAAAAGUGAUAAGUAACAAAAUGCCCAACCUUCCUAUAGCAAUUAACAUAAUGUUGACUCUUAUUACCUUGAUGAUCACUACAUGGUGAAGUGAUAGCAAGUUGGGGAGGACUUUGGUGAUAUGGGGGGGUGGCUGUGCCUCCAUUGGUAGUGUCACCAGCAUACUGUGCGUACUGACAGACACCCAAUUUGCAAAAAACAUCUUGUUCCGGGCUGGCUAAUGUUUCUACCAGAGGUGGCAAUAUAUCUCUACACGUUAAAGGACCACUCUAGGCACCCAGACCACUUCAGCUUAAUGAAGUGGUCUGGGUGCCAGGUCCAUCUAGGAUUAACCUUUUUUUUUUUAAUAAACAUAGCAGUUUCAGAGAAACUGCUAUGUUUAUAAAUGGGUUAAUCCAGCCUCUAGUGGCUGUCUCAUUGACAGCCGCUAGAGGCGUUUGCAUGCUUCUCAAUGUGAAAAUCAGUGAGAAGACGCCAGCAUCCAUAGGAAAGCAUUAUGAAUGCUUUCCUAUGAGACUGGCUGCGCGCGCAGCUCCUGCCGCUCAUGCGCGUUCAGCCGAAGAGGAGGAGGAGAGCUCCCCGCCCGGCGGGAGGGGGACCCUGAGGGUGGGGGCACCCUCAGGGCACUAUAGUGGUCCUUUAAGCAUAUCCGUUUGAGAUGCUUCACGUAUAGAUUCUUUGCACCAUGACAAUUUGAAAGCACUGAAGUGAUCAUUGUGCAUUGAUUAACCCUUUAAGUAGUUCACAUUUAGUUGUUCCAAUCUUUUGAAACGUCUUUCUGUUAAAUGAGCUGGGCCGGCAUUACUUGGCAGGUUAGCAUACUGAAAUGGUAUAGACCGGAGAGUAACAACCUAUAAGUUUUGGGCUUAGAUGAAGAGUGGCAUUGCAGUAGGUGGGUGGAAGAUGAGUUGGGCUUCAAUUAAGUGACCAUUCAGUGGUAAGUGUAAGUUGAAGAUAUGCAGCCUGUUUAAGCAAGAGAUAUUUAUUACUGGUUGUGACCAGGUAUUUGGCUGACCUCUUACUUGACGUAAUGGCGAUCUCCUCGCACACUGCAUGCCUGUACUUUGCUAGAAUGGGUGAUAUUGGUGCAAGGUACUGGUGACAUCCAUGGGCUGUCUAUACCAAAUUAACUGCAAUAAAUACUGUAUUAUCUAACUCAUACUUCUCAACUCGUGCAGUUUCCCUGUGAGACUCAAAAUGUUCCUGAUUUCUUUUGUUUCCUCGCAGGUUAGGCUCUUCCUCUGCUUUUGAUGAACAUUUACGUCAUUGCAAGGUUUUUUUAGUAAGGAGACUCCAGAGUUUUCACUGCUUGGGUUGAGAAGUAUGUUGAUUUACUUACUACAGAAAAUUACUAGGGACUGUAAGGUGGGUUAGGGGUACAGAAGGGAUGUGGGUGGGUAUGUGAAAAUCUAGUUUUGAAACCCUGUAUGUGGGUAGUGUAAGUAAGCUCUUGAUAAGUUUCUCUGUGAGUUAUUUGGAGAUUGAGAUGGAGAGCUGCACAUAUUCUAUUAAUCCAGAAGUCUUUUCCCCUGUCCUAUAUUCUGUUUUAUGGUAACCGUGUCCACUCCCCCUCCCCUAGCUUUUUCUCCCAGUAAAAUGUGACUUCUAAAUUGUGUUUAUAUGUAAAAUAUUGCACACUUGUAUAUUUUUUUUGGAUGAGCCAAUGAAAAAUAUUAUCUUCAUCCAAAGUUAUGAUCCAUUAUUUGGCCACAGUUCUUUUAGCUAGAUAUUGCCACACAUUCUUCUGGGUUUUAACCAUUGUCUGAAAAUAUACACUGUUUGCUGGAGCACAAUUAUAGAGUGCUUGUGUGUCAGUGGAACAAUUGCAAUAGAAUGUUCUAUCUGACUGACUUUUAGAACAUUGUCCCAGAAUUAUUCAAUAUGUAACACCCUCUUAAUACUGUUGUAUAUUCAGUUUUAGAAGGUUCUUAUUUGUUCCUUCACACUAAGUUUUAAAGGAACACUAUAGGGUCGGGAACACAAUCCUGUAUUCCUGACCCUAAAGUUUUAAAACAACCAUCUAGUCCCGAUUGCCUCCCUAAAUUUAGUAAAAUCAUACGUGUAUUUAAGUUGAUGCUUCUGGCUCUGACCUGCCUGCUGACAUCAGAAGUGGUGGUCUGAGCCAAUCACAAUGCUUCCCCAUAGGAUUGUCUAAGAUUGUCAAAGAGGAAGAUCAGUGGCAGAGCCAGCACAAACCAAACACAGCCCUGGCCAAUCAGCAUAUCCUCAUAGAGAUGAAUUGAAUCAAUGCAUCUCUGUGAGGAAAGUUCAUUGUCUGCAUGCAGAGGGUGUAGACCCUGAAUGGCAGUGCUGCUCACUGUGCAGCACUGCCCCAGGAAGCACCUCUAGUGGCCACUACAGUUAUCCCUAGGCUGUAAUGUAAACACUGCAUUUUCUCUGAAAAGACAGUGUUUACAGCAAAAAGCCUGAAGUGAAUGAUUCUACUCGCCAGAACAAAUGCAAUAAGCUGUAGAUGUUCUGGUGACUAUAGUGUCCCUGUAAAUAAAUAAUGAAAAUUAAAGGAAAACUCAUAUUAAAAAGAUUUUAUUUGAACUUUCUAGUGUUUCACAUGGUGUUUGAGCUGUGAGCCCCCUUGUUAUAUAAAAUGUAAAAAAAAUAAAUAAGCUUUUCAGCCCCUGGACAUUCUUCUUUGCAGCUACUUGGUCUCUGGUGAAGUCCUCACUUCUGAUAACUUUUAUCCAGUCCAAUGCAUCUCAUAAAGAAUUCGAAACAUAGGGCUGUCCACCUAUCCAAUGCUUUUCAUUGGCUGCUGUCAGCAUCAUUGUGCUGUAUGCGGAAUAGGAAGUCCUUCCAAUCAUGAAGGUCUCUGAGCCACUGCCUCACAAAAGGGACAUUGCUAGUUGCAUGGUUUAGGCAAAUGUAAAUGUUUCAGUUUCUCUGAAAUGACAAUGGUGUAUAUUGCCAAACAAAAGUGGUUGCAUCUAUGCACCAAACAACUUCACUAAGAUUAAGUGGUUUUAGUGCUUAGAGGAACACUUUAAAAAUUAAUUUAGGGACCUGUCAGUGACCACUGAAAAGAUUGUAAGUGCUUUCAUAUACUCUGCACGUGAGCUUGUCACUUAAUAUUGUUUUGGUUGCCCUGCAGUUAUUGCAUGUAACAUGUCAAUUUUCAUCCUUUUCUCCCAGGUGAGCGUGUCUUGUGUUUUCAUGGGCCUCUCCUAUAUGAAGCAAAGGUAAGUCUACCCUGCCUCUGUGAAACGCUCGUAUUGAGUUUACACAAGUGUUUUUUUAUUCUGUCCUGCAUUUAUCACAUCUUGAACGCAAAGCUCCCCAAGCAGUUACGCAUUGUGGUUUUCAGAAAAGUAUACACGCAUAUUCCUUUACGAAUCUAAAAAAUGUUUACAUUAGAUUAUUUAUUUAUACCUUGUCAGAGGAGGGCUGUAAUAACUUUGGCAAAAACCGCUCAGAUUAUUCAGAUUAUCUGGCUUCCCUCCCCACCACCACCACCCUUCCUCUUACAUGAGUUUACAAGACCUUAGAACAAUGAAACGGAUUCUCUAACAAAACAGUUUUUCUCGCUUAAUUUUGCAUUUUCUUUCACAUUAUCUACCAUGUUUUAUUUAUUAUAUUCCAUACUUAAUAGCCCUUUAAUUAUUUUUUUACCUAAAAUGUGACUAUGCAGUACCACCAUUCUGCUAAUGCAGGAAGCUAGUAUAUAAAUAAGUUAUGAAAGUAUGUAUAUCAUUUCUUUGAUGUUCUCUAUUCACAUGGUUCUGCACAGACUUCUGAAUUUAACAAUAUUCUAGUUCUGCAUCUUUAGUGGACCACUCAUCUUUCCAUCAUUUUUUUGUUUCGUUUUUUUUUUUUCUUCUCUGGACCCAUAUUCAUUUAAACUUCUCUUUCCUCAGUGUGUGAAGGUUGCCAUUAAAGACAAGCAAGUAAAAUACUUCAUUCACUACAGUGGGUGGAAUAAGAAGUAAGUGGACCACAAGUGGCCUAUAAGAACUCUUCCAGAACACUCUUUCCUAAAUUAUGUGUAAAAAUGUUGUUAGAAUGUAUGAGUCUGUGCAGCAUUUUGUUUUUUGUAACCUUUCUGCUGCCGGAGGUUUAACUCCACCUCUGGCAGCGUCAUUGGAGUGUCAUCAUCCAGACUUGAACUAGAAUCCAGGGCAGGCUAAUGUCAAUUCUCUGCAACUUUUAUUGCAUAUAAUGUCAGUCAUAGGCUGAGUGGUCAGCUAAACCAGAAGUGAAAAGAGUGUCACAAAGAAAUGCAGCAGGAGUUGAGGACUCUAGAUUAUAAGAUCAUAUGGGAAUAGAUUCUAGAUGGAUUGGAAGGGUGAGAAACAGGAGGUGCCUACCUCUUCCCAAGGGUGGGUGUAGGAAUCAUCAUUGUUCCCACUCAUACCUCUGUCUCCAGUCUGGCUUGGUGAGACUGUGUUGCCAUGGUAACCACAGCAAAACCCGGACUCUCUAAGAAGCAUACAAGGGUUACAUGUGAAGUGUGCAUUGGCUUGAUGCAGACCAUAGGCUCCAUUGUGCUCUGAGGGGUGCUCUGGCCCAGUGGGGGAGAUUCUCUGUUGUCCUUAACAGGCUCAUUCCAGUCAAUCACCCCUACGUGCCACAGUUUGCUGAACUCAUGCGAAAGUCUCCUAAAUGAAGACAAGCAACUAAUCAGCCUUGUCUAAAUGGAUCACGGAUACUAGUUGGCUAAUAUCACCCCCUGUGGGUCAUAUCUUUGCUUCCUGAUAACAAAUCUGUAAAUCCGCCAUAUUGUCGUCAAAUACUUUCAUAAAACCUUGCCAGUAAGAUGUCAUUAAUAUGAAAAACCAUAGUUGUAUUAGGUUGAAAGUAUAUGUGUGGUGUAAAAAAUGUGCACAGCAAAUAGCUGUGUUUCUCAGACCCUCUGGUGAUUGUUCCUCCAUUUCUGCAGCUGGGAUGAGUGGGUACCAGAGAGCAGAGUACUCAAAUACGUUGACACCAAUCUACAGAAGCAGAAAGAACUUCAGAAGGCCAAUCAGUGAGUAUAAACCUAUCACUUAGUCAUUUAUUGUAGGGCAUGCUAUGCUUUCUAUUUAAAAGAUGUGCACAGACGAACCAUUUCUUUCAAUUCGUUGAUUUUCUAAUUUCAGUUUGUUUGAAAUUCUUACAUUGUCAAUUUGGAAACAUUUUGGAAAGCACUAUUAUUCCAAAUGAUACCAUGUGAGGGUGUUGUUUAGCAGAUAGUUACCUAAUUUUGGUUUCCUUUUAAAAAUGGUAAUUCCACUUAAGGAUAUCGAAUUAGGGAGCCAUCUGCCAAACACAUCUGAAUUGUCAAAAUUAUAAAUUAUAUGAUCUUUCAGCUGUUUAGCAGAUAACUAUGCUACGUGGGAUUGCAAUAUUAAGGAUAUCAAAUAAGGGAGCUAUCUACUAAAAAGAACUCUAAUUUAAUAUGCUUGAAUAUGGCAGUACUGCGUUAGGGAGCAGUCUACUAAACAGCUCUCUCAUAUAAAGGUACUAAUUUAGGGAGCUGUUGUGUUUAGUAGAUACCAAUAAAAUUCCAAUUCCACAAUUAGGGGACUGUCUAUUAUACAGCUGAAAAGGCACUUUUUUGGUUUCAAUUGCUUAGUGAAGUCCCAGGGGAAUUGCACACAUUUAAUAUUUGUGCCUAGUCCUUAUGAGAAUAGCAGGCUUUUUGUUCCAAAGGCUCAGGCUCUGACCCAGUGACUUAUUUAAAAUUGUUAUUGCAGGGAUCAGUAUGCAGAAGGGAAGAUGAGAGCUGCAGCUCCAGGAAAGAAGACUGCUGCGCUUCAACAGAAAAAUGUAGAAGUGUAAGGUUUCAUGGCUAUCAAUAUAUAGUUUUGGGUUUUUAUUGACAAUUUUAAUUUUUAUUAUUGGGAGGGGUCCUUUCAAAUGUCACGAUUGUGCUGUAGUAUACUGCUCAAAAUGAAAAUAUUAGAAGUAAAAAUAAGACCUGUUGUAGUGUUAUUGUGUGUACUAAAUAAUGUGGAUAAACGUUCUUAUCAAUCCAUGCGGUAUUUAGUAGGGUUAUUCACCAAAGUCUAAAUUGUCUUUGGUUCAUAGUGCAUUUUAAAAAUGUUUUGGUCCUUAUAGCUGGAUUAGAAAAAAAUUCUAUCAGUUCUGUUUUCAGCGUGGUGAUUUUGACCUAAAACGUGCAAUUGGCCCUAAAUGCUUAUUUACACCGUAGAAUAUAACUGUAGGUAUAUCACUGCAUAUUUACAUUAUCAGUUAGGACAGUAGCGCUGUAUCAUUGUUAGGCGAUAGAAUUUGUGUGUACAGCACUGUAAACAGACCAGUCUUGGACCUGAUGAGACUUGACUGGUGGUGAUAUUCAUUUACCAAAGGUCUAGCGUUAAACUGGAUGUCUUUGUCUUCUAGGAAAACAAAAAAGAACAAGCAAAAAGGUACGUUCAUUACAACUUUUAUGUCUUUAACAUAUGUUUGACCUGUCUAGAGAAGAUAUUAGUAGGCAUUCAAUUACAUCACUCUUUUAAUACUAUCUUACUUGAAUCAAGUCAUCCCAUGAAAAAGUAGACAGUCACUAUUGUCUAAUCUGCUUUUAUCUGUCUACAGCACCAGGGAGUGGGGAAGGUAGUAGCACCAGCGAGGCGCCCCAGCCUCCACGCAAGAAACGGGCGCGUGUUGAUCCCACCGUAGAGAGCGUGAGUAUCUCUGCAACACAUACUGAUUAGCUGUUGGUAACAGUAGUCCAAACUAUUUCGGUGGAAAGGGGCAGUUUAAUCUGUGAAAUGCAAGAAUUACUUUUAUAAAUUGCACAAAACAAUCUCUGGUACUUGGCGCAAAGAUUAAAAAUGGGAAGUUCAAUUCCAGCUGUUUAAAUACCCUGCCAACUGUUCUUCACUUUAGCCCUUUGCGCUCCUGGCACUUUAAGAAAAGGAGGGUGGGCUUUACUUUGAAAUGUAUUUUUUUUUUUUUUUAUAUUGGUUGGACAAGUAGUAUAUUCUCAGCUUGUUCUCUAAAAUGAAACCGAAUUCACCAAAGCAGUUUUAUAAUCCAAAUAUCUACACUCUGCAAUCUGUAACACAGUUGCUGGGGUGUUGUAUGGGAAAGCUUUGGAAUCAUUGUGCUAAAAACUGCUGCUGAAAGGCAUCAUUCUUUUUAAAUUUGCUUUAAUUCAAUCUGAAACAAACUUAUAGAUGCCCACGUUGCAGCACUGAAGAAUUUCUUUAGUACCUGAACCUUAUUUUCUGGAUGUGUAUUGUAAAAAUGAAUCAAAGCAUGGUAAACUUUUAGUCCAAAUCGGGAAUGUUCCUGUGGAGGAGCCUUUUCUAGUUCAUGUUUAUUUAGAUUAUCAGAGGGCUUGGCUUUUCCAUAGAACCAUUCUAAAUGUUGAUUUUAGCCAAAAAAGUUUCAACCUUCUCUUAUUGGAGUAUGAAUUCCAUUGGCUAUUCUUGGUUCACAUGGACAAAAGCCACAAACAAGUUCAUUACAAAAAUAUUCUCAAGUAGUGGAAGAGAUCUUCUCUCCCUGGGGGUCAAGAAUGGCAAUGUGGUAAUGAAAGGGUCAAUUUGUGACAACUGUUUAGACAUCCUCACUAAGGAUGAGCCCAGCACGGGUUGGGCUGCCCAUAUUUUAGAACUGGUCUUUGGGACCAAAAUUUUUAUUUUUAGAUUAAAGACCAGUACAUUCAGGUUACACUGUAUAUUUGAAUUGACCGGAAGGAACCAAUCAGGUUCUCUUGUUCUAAAAUGUAGAAUUUCAUGCAGCUAACAUCAAUUGAAAAGACAACUUGGCAGAUUAGUUGUUCUGGUGACUCUAGUGUCCCUUCAAGCACAGUUUAAUGGCUGUGUGUGAAAAGAAUAUGGGUGUUUAGGUGACAGCGUAAGUGUUGCAUAGUUGAGGGAGGAGGGUGAGUAUUACAGGGCUAGGAAGAGUUAAGCGUGGCAGCUGUGGGAGGUGAUAGGGGUGGGGGGGGUGUUUGAGUGUGGCAAGGUGAAGGGAGUUGACGCAUCUGUGUGGUGGGCUGACAAUGUAUGUGGAGGGUGACAUGUAAAGUGUGACCAGCCUCCCCACACUACCCAUUAAAAAAAAAAUAAUAAUAAAAUAAUUAAAUGCAGUAAUCUAAUGCCUGGUGGGAUAGCUCUUGUCUGCAGAUCCUACGGGUGCAAAGUUGUACACAAAGGUAGAGAUCUCUGCCGUGAUAGUGUAAUUGGGAAUCCCACUCUUCAAGUUAAGCUUAUUAAUUUAGAUUAGUUGUACUACCUCUCCCUGUAUAGCAGAGCAUCUUUUUAAUAUUUUGUCUUGUGAGUUAUUUUUAUUGUAAUCGAAAAGCAUAGAAAACUGAUAAGGCAAUGGGGCACGCAGGUCCUCCGCAAAAAGCCGAUCACAUAAUUUUGUAUUUUCCAGUUUUGUGGCCUUGCAGGGCCAUUAAAGGGACACUCCAGGCACCCAGACCACUUCUGCCCAUUGGAAUGGUCUGGGUGCCAACUCCCACUACUCUUAACCCUGCAACUGUAAUUAUUGCAGUUUUCAUAAACUGCAAUAAUUACAUUGCAGGGUUAACUCCUCCUCUAUUGGUUGUCUACUAGACAGCCACUAGAGGGCACUUCCUGGUUUAUAGCAAAGAUUUUCUUUGCUAGAGCGUCGCUGGACGUCCUCACGCUGUGUGAGGACCUCCAGCAUCGCACAAUUCUCCAUAGGAAAGCACUGAAAAUCUUUUUCGAUGCUUUCCUAUGGGGAGACCUAAUGUGCGUGCGCGGCAUUGCUGCGCAUUAGGUUUCCUCAGCCGGUCGGCGGGAUCAGUCUCGCCCACCGGCUGACAUGAUUACUGGGAGGAGCGACGCCACCCCGAAACCACCGCCGAGGGACAUCGGCAGGGUCUCGGGUAAGUGACCUGAAGGGGUUUUCACUCCUUCGGCUACCUGGGAUGGGAGGUGGGAGGGAGAGGGGACCUGCAGUGCCAGGAAAAGGGAUUGUUUUCCUGCCACUGGAGUUUCCCUUUAAAGGAAUAUCCUGUUACAAAUGCAGACUUGCAGGUCUAUUUAACAUAAUGCAGGACGUAAAACAAUAUGUUGGGUUACUGUUGUGAAGCUUCUUGUUAUGAGGCAAACAUUCCAUAUGAACAUACAAGUAACUCUCUCUCAAAAAAAAGUGGUAGUUGGAAGCCAUUGGCCGAACACCCUACUGUCACAUUCACCCGACUUACUCAGCCAGCCAGAAGUGUGGUCAACUCCACCCAAACUGGGAGCUGCUAGGCGAGGCCCCACGUUCCUCCGAAAGGCCUGGUAGUUGCCCUUAAGUCAAGUCUCUGAAAGUCUACCUGGUAAACUACUGUUACCAGUGCAUCCAUAUGUCUACGUAGGUCUGAGAACGGUCCUGGGUCGUGAACGUCAGGUCCUCUGGUUUAAUAAACUGCAAGAAUUACGUAGACCAAACUGUCAAAGGUGGAGGACUCUGUUGUAUCAUUUGUAUAAUGUAACAAGAUGGCUGAACAGGGUUUAUACAGUUGAAUAAAGUGUAAUCACCUGAAGAUUUUGCAGGGUCACCUUACAUUUUAACUGCUUAAAUUUUGCAAUGCCAAAAUUGACCUUUGCCUGGAGAUCCAAUUGCAGCAUUUUAAGGAGUGGGAGAAUUUUUCUGCACAUGCUUAAGAUAGUCUUGCAGGAGUAAAUAGUUUUGGAGAGAUUAGUUGUUAAAAGGCAGAAUAGAAGUGGUUCUCAGCAAGUUGUAUUCUGCAGUAAUAAGCUAUUGUGUUGUCUGUCAUGCUGCACAUUUUAUUCAUCGAAAUAAAACAUGAACAUUUAAGAUCAGUCUCUUGUUUCUUCCUCUGGUCUUGCAUAGAUUAAACAUAACGGCAAAUCUUACAGCUUAUGUGAGAGAGACUCAUCAUAUAUCUGACUUCUUUUUUUUUUUUCUCCUUAGGAGGAGACUUUUAUGAACAGGGUUGAGGUGAAAGUGAAAAUUCCUGAGGAGUUGAAACCUUGGCUUGUGGAUGACUGGGAUCUCAUCACACGGCAGAAGCAGGUAUAUAGAAUGGAAAUGUUUUUUGACUUGCAGGGUUAAAACUAGAGGGACAUAAUACCAAGACCACACCAAUGCGAUAAAGUGCUCUGGUUGCUUCUAGAGUCCCUUUAAGUGUGUAUUUCCAGUUUGUGUAGAAUAACGCUCAAUGUGCAGUACCUAACUGAUGAGGUCCAUUAAAUAGAAUUAAUUUACAAAUGUCUUGGUUUUGUUUGUGCAUUUAUAAAGAAUAAUUCUUACACUUUGCUCUCAAUAUAUUGGACUUCCAGAACUAGAAGUCUCAAAGCAAACCUUAAAGGACCACUCCAGGCACCCAGACCACUUCAGCUUAAUGAAGUGGUCUGGGUGCCAGGUCCUUCUAGGGUUAACCCAUUUUUUUUAUAAACAUAGCAGUUUCAGAGAAACUGCUAUGUUUAUGAAUGGGUUAAGCCUUCCCCCUAAUCCUCUAGUGGCUGUCUCAUUGACCGCCACUAGAGGCGCUUGCGUGCUUCUCACUGUGAUUUUCACAGUGAGAGCACGCAAGCGUCCAUAGGAAAGCAUUGUAAAUGCUUUCCUAUGCGACGGGCUGAAUGCGCGCGCGCGCAGCUCUUGCUGCGCGUGCGCAUUCAGUCCAGGAGGAGGAGAGCUCCCUGCCCAGCGCUGGAAAAAGGUACGUUUUUACCCCUUCCAGAGCCGGGCGGGAGGGGGUCCCUGAGGGUGGGGGCACCCUCAGGGCACUAUAGUGGUCCUUUAAACGUGUGCAUGGGCAUAGUAAGUUAUGCUUUGCCUUCACAUUUGUGCAUUGUGUCUAAUAUUGUGGUACGUGCUUACACACAACUUUUUGUCUAUCAAUAAAGGUCUAUUACAAAAGAGUGGAAAUGUAGGGAUAAAAGGAACUAGAAAUCUGAGAUCAACCUAUUCAUUUCAGUAUGAUUCAUAGACUACACAAGUGAUCCCAGACCUAUAUUAAUUCAUUAUUUACCAGACUGUCACCUAAUGUUUUGCUUAUAAAUUGAGUAAAAUGCCUGUUUGCCACUCUCCGCUAUUGGACUGGCAGUGUGGUAAUGUUUAUCUGUAACUGUUCUACCACUCUUAUUUUGCCUCUCCCUUUAGCUCUUUAAUCUUCCUGCCAAGAAAAAUGUUGAAGCUAUUCUAGAAGAUUAUGCUACAUACAAGAAAUCACGUGGCAAUACUGAUAACAAGUAAGAUUUUCCUGUUUUGCGUACAUCUACUAAACAGAUCUCUAGCCUAUUGACUGUUUGGUUUUUUUAAAAAAUGAGCUGCUCUUAUUUUGUUCAUGAGAUUCUGGUGACAUACUUUUUGCCUCUUUCUCAGGGAAUAUGCUGUGAAUGAGGUUGUGGCUGGAAUAAAGGAAUAUUUUAAUGUCAUGCUGGGCACGCAACUGCUCUACAAAUUUGAACGCCCUCAGUAUGCCGACAUUUUGGCAGAUCACCCCGAUGCUCCGAUGUCUCAGGUUUAUGGUGCACCUCAUCUUUUGCGUCUAUUUGGUAAGUUGUUUUUUUUUUUUGUGUGUGUGUGGGUUUUUUUUGUUUGUGUUUUAUUUAUUAUUUUAUUUAUUUAUUUAUUGGCCCAGGGCUUUAAUUUUUUUUCCUUGAUAGCGACCCAUAUAGUACAGUAUGAAGUGCUUGCCCCACAUAAUGCAAUGUAGACUUUUUUUUAUUUAUUUAAUCAUAGAAUUGUGCACUAAUUGCUUAUGUAAUGCAGUGUUUGUGAAGUUUAACUUCGUGUCAUCUGUUUACUAUUUGUUUUAGUUCGCAUUGGAGCAAUGUUAUCCUACACUCCAUUAGACGAAAAGAGUCUGGCCCUGCUACUCAACUAUCUGCAUGAUUUCCUAAAGUGAGUAAAAUCAAUAUUCACUGGUUAUUUUUCAUGUGCACCAGUUUCAAGUGGAGUCAGGUUGAGGUACAGAAAGCUUUUACAUUUUUUUUUUUUUUUUCUCCAGUGUAGAUUUGGCUAGUCAAAGGCUUCAAUUCAGAACUAGUCCUGUAAUCUGUCUGUAUUUCUAUUAAGUAUUAAACAGGAGUCUACUUUUACGGGUUUUUUUUUUAAUGUGUCUUGCCACACUAGUCAUACUUAACUUAUUCUUAGGCUAUGAUAGUGGUAGAACCCAACUGAUCUGGACAGGUGCAUCCCUUUAAGAUACCCAGUAACUGACAGUUGGCUUAGUGUAGUAGCAUUGUCAUUCUAAAUGCAUUGUAGACCCCUUUUGUAAACUUAAUGUCUGUAUAAUUAAAAACUAAAGAAUAAUUUGCCAGCUGCUGCAAUCGAACAUGUUUGGGAACAUGUCAGAAAUCAAUGUUAAGAACUAUUGAUUGCAGGAUAAAAAAAAAUUCUAGGGCAAAAAUAUAACUAGCGGUGGAUUUAGUACAUUUUUAUUAAUGCUGUGGAUGUUUCAAGCAAAAAAAAAUCUUGCUGAUGAUGUAAGCAUUGUCAGCAUCCUGUUAAAUUAAUUUUAAUGCAAUUAAUAUAGUGUAUCUAACAAUUUUUAGUUUUUCUCUCCCUCAGGUAUUUGGCCAAAAAUUCCUCUACGCUGUUUAGUGCAAGUGACUAUGAGGUGGCACCCCCGGAAUACCACAGGAAGGCAGUAUAGUAUCAUAAAAGGCUUCCUCUGCCUUGGACCAGGUUCUUUGCAUCAGAGACUUUCUCCAUGACUUACUAGAAAUACCUGGAAUAAUUUUCAUUGCGCAUGUCACUGCUUCUCUACGUCAAUUUGAUUGGAUAGAGUAAAUGUUUGAGAGCUAGAAAAGAGCUUGUGGAAAGUAUGUCACGGAACAGCAGCUUCAUUGAACUAAAACCGUAAAACACCCGAACUCACCCGUGAUCCAUGGAUGUUUCUGAACACUAUUACUUGCUUCCCUCAAAGCACAAUGGCAGCCUUGACUCUGUAAUAUGAUGGCUCUGCCAUGGUUCCCAUAUGGUUACAUAUUCUGUUUUGGGAGGGGGGAAUAAUUUCUUUCUAAAGAGUUACCAUGGAAGCUUUUAUGCUUUUACACCAAUAUGUAACAAAUGGACCUUCUAUUUAUAGGAACAGACUGCACAGCGUUUCAUAAUUUCCAUAUUUACCUAUGAUUCGUGGCUCAUUUUCAGUAUUCCUUUUUGGAUAUUCCACAUUGCAGUUUCCAGGACAAACUUCAUGGAGUUUCUAACACCUGUACACUUUCAACAGCUGCCUUGGCCAUUUGACUCCUUGCUUCUAAAAGCUGCCAUGAGCAAGCUACUAAUGAGAUGACCGCUGUAUGUUUGCGUAAAGAUGACUUAAUGCUCAGACAGGUGUGUUGCUGUUGCAAAAUCUACAUUGUGAAUAGCAUUGCACCAACAAACCGGAAAAGUCUCAGAGAAACAUUGAAGGCAUUGCCCUCAUAUAAAAUGGUUGUUCUACUUUUUUCUUUUUUUUUUUUUGUAUAUAAAGCGUUAUUGGGACUGCUGAGUGCAAGAAAUAUGUGCUCAUCAGAGAAUUUGAAAGAAGCAAGAUAACACCCUUAGUGGUUUUGCAGGAUUGUUGAAACUUGCUGAUCAGUGUUCUACUUAAGCACUGCAGCCAUGCGCCAGCCUGUUCAUGUAUCUGACAUGUCCAAACAGUCACUGCCUCUCUUGUAACAGAUUUUUGUGUUUCUACCCCCCAGGGAGGGUGUUAGUGUUUCAUUCCACUUAUUGUGAGAACACAUUAUGUAUAUAGCUUUUACUUCAAUUAAAAAACAUUUAAAUUUCCUGCUGUGGGUAAGUUGCUUUCCAUCUUUGGUAGUCAAAACAUUAAAAGUUUAAGUCUUUAUGAAUAAAUUUCGUAUUUAUAAAGAUUGCAAUGCCUUAGAACUUUUAUUGCAACGUCUGAAUGGUGCAGUGUUUGAACACUAAAAGCAAUGGACCUCAGCACACCGUAUGAGGGCAGCAAAUUGCUAUAAACUGUAAUGUGAGAACUCUGCCAGCCUUAACAUGACUUUCACAAGCUGCACAUGCUGAGUUUGGACUUUCUUUUUCUAAAGGUCACUUUAGAAGAGAUUCCUUUUAGCAGAUUUCGAAUGAUCUAUAUACACUGUAAUCCACAGCUGGAAAAUUGUGUUUUUAAUCUCAUCUUUGUGCAUGUUCUAUGUAUUGCUUUUGAAAUACACAUGUAUGAAAGAUUGUAUAAAAACAAAACACUGUCAUGCCAUUUGUGCAUUUUAAAGUAGAAAAUAAAGUAUUCCUUACCAAAGCCUCUUCAUGUAAAGACAGUAUUUUGCAUUUAAACAUCUUAACAAAUUAGGGCUGCAUUUAUAAAAAAGUUGUAUAUUUCUAAUGUAAAUUAGCAUGGUGUCUGAGGUUUGGUGUGUGAAUAAAGGAUUGUUUGUAAGCCCCAAUUCCUUUCCAUAUUUCAACCUAUUUUCCUCAUUGCCAUUUAGUAAACCCUUUAUCCAUUAUGUACAGCAGGUCGACAAAUCCCAGGUUGCCAUGGCUACCAGGAUUUUUGUCCUAGCACCUGGGAUUUGCUUGUCCAUUUAGAUCCUGGGGUGGUCGGCUACCUAUGAGUGCUGCUGGUCAGCUCAGGAAGAGCAUAGGCAUGCAGUCUGUCGGCCUGCUCAGGGAGAGCAUUGCUGUGUGCAGGCGGCCAGCUGAAAGAGGGUGGAAGGGUGUGU